UACCGAUGAUAGUAAUUCAUUGCAAUCGGAGAAAAGUCCGUCAAAACUUUCACCUAAAAUUUAUCAAUCACGUGCUAAAUCGCCUGCACCUAUGAGUAGAAGCAAAUCUGCAGUAAGCAACCCUGAUAGUUUACUGAGUCCAAAAUUAACACCAACAAAACGUUCUUCAUCGAAUCAAUCGCCUUCUACUCCAAAAACUCCAUCGAAUCAACCGCCUCCUACUCCAAAAACCCCACGCAAGCCGACAAUUAUUGAACAAUUACAACAUAGCGAGUGGUCAACACGUAUUGAAGGCCUACUAGUUGUAGCACAAUUAAUAGUGAAGCGGACGUUGGAGCCAUCAUCUGCUGGGAGACAAAAAUCUCAACUUCCACCUGAUGAUGAGUUAAGUUCAGUUCUGAUCAAUUUCUUGAACGAUCCAGAUCCAAGGGUAGUUGAAAAAUUUAUGGAUCCAACUAUUUUUGUUGAAUUAGCCAAA